GCCUUAAAACAAAAAAUAUUGUAAUUAUACUUGUCGUCUGAUGGCAGCACACUGCACAUUCAAACUGGCCUUGUCGCUCCUAACAAUGGCUUAGUAAUGAUAUACUCGUUGAUUAAUGAAUGACACAUAAAGGCGAGGAAACACAGGCAGAAUAAAGUGUUCCCUGUAAGCUGUAUUAAAAAUUGACAAAUUAUGUCUGACUUAGAGGAGAGGUGUAAUACGUUAGCUUACUCUGACACUGAGGAGAACUGUGAUGUCAAUCUUGAAGGAGCGUGUGGGGGGGAUAUCUCUUUACGAGGAUCCACCCUUAGCUUCGAGCAGUUGUCAGAGCAUACUGCUGAUGACACAGAUAACUUGAGCAUGGAAGUCAACCUCGGUGAGAGUGGUUCUCGUCAAGCCAGUGAAAUUAGCUCUUUGUCAUAUCAAAACCUGAUUGAUGAUGAUGGGCUGGAAAGUAUGGGCUUACAACAUGAUAGUGAUGAGAGUGGAGAGUCAUGUAUUAAUGAUUAUCCUGAUGUAGAGAUUGAUUUCCCUACCGAUGAUAUGGACCAUUCUGCUGACAUUCUUGCUGAUAGUCUCACAGAAAAGCUGUGCAAAUGUUCUGGUAAGGACCUUGGUUCUCAUCAGAACUUAGCUCCAGACAUUCUUGGUCAGAAUAGUAUUCAUUCCAAGAGUGGUUCUGAUACUCUUUCAGAUGGAAGUGAGAGUGUUGGAGGAAGCCAUCAUUACAACAAACAUUCUUCAAGACAGAAGGAAUUGCGUUCAGAUAUACUUGAUGGGAAAGAUGUGAAGCUGUUGGACAGGAAUGGAAUUCUCAAUACUGCUGCUGAUAUUGGCUUAGAGAAACCCUGGGAAGUAGCAGUUAAUCUUAGAGAAAAAUCAAAAGACUCCAAGUACUGUAGUCCAGAUGAGACUGUUAAAAAAAGGAAUAGCUUAGAAAUUCGAAACAAUAUUCCAACAAUUGGAGAAGUAAAAAAUUAUGAUGAAAGAAAUAUUCCAUCUUCAACAAAGUAUAAUUCCCAGGGAGCUAAACCUAAGAUAAAACGUCAAUCUCCAGGAUUUGCAAGACGGGUAAAUCAUAGUAAUAGUUCAGGUAGUUGUAGUGAUCGAGAUGGCUCUAGUUCAGAACGAGAAACCCUUCCAUAUAAUAAUCAGGACCUGAAGCAGAUAUCUCCCGUUGAGCAAACUUUGCAAUCAGAUCUAGAUGUGACUAUGCAUAAUGAAGUAUCUAAGCCUGAUAGAAAUUCAGCCCGAAAGAAUGUUAAUAUUGAAAAUGAAUAUGAUUAUGUUAAAUAUGCACGCAUUCAUCAGGGCAAUUCUUAUGUUGGAAUGCGUUUAGCUUUUCCUAGCUCGAGUAUUAGUAGCAGUUCACCUGAAAGCUCUCGUGAUUGUUCUCCUGAGAAAAUCAUUCAUCAAAAGAACGGACCAGAAAUUUCUGAUCGUAGUCAGCACCAAGUGAGAGUGAGUGAAGAUUGUUUAACUGAAAUUCCUUUAAAUAACACUGAACCUUUAGUGGUGGAAGAAAAGAGAGCAUUCACACUGUCUCCUGAAAAUACUGAAUGUGAUAGUGCUGAAGUGGAGAGUGUAUUAUCUGAUGAAGAAAAGUCUAAUACUGGUGGAAUGCCAAUUGUAGAGGAUGGUUUAUCUGGAAGUCAAGCUAGUGAUGUUGAUGAAGCAUUCCCUCAUGAAUGUGAUUCUCCUGCCAAGAUGUUGCAGUUAAAGCAAAAGUCUGAGCUGAAUCAGGAGAUUAAUGGCGAAGAAACUCAUAUAAAUGGCAAAGGAAAAAAUAUUGAUACUAGUGGAAUUAAAGAUGAACUUGAUGCCAAAGAAGCUCUUAAUCAUACCAUGGCUGACAUUAAGACUGCUAUUCAAAAAAGUAAAAAUGUCUCCCUAAAAUCUUCAUUUACUGAAAACUCAACUACAGAGGAACCAGUUUGGAUCAAAAGUGUGCAGUCAGAUGAGGAUAUUGAGCAAGGAAAAGAUGGGAAAAACAGCAAUAAAAUAAGAGAUAAUUAUGAAAAACUUCAUCGUAAUGAAGAAAUGAGACGUGUACUGGAAGAAAUUGAAAGACGCCAAGAAGAGGAAUUUACUAGGAGAGAACAAGAAAAAGGUUAUGAAACCGAUGAUGAGUAUGAAGAUAAUGAAGAUAUGUGUUAUGUUCGGCGCAACAAGGGGAGAAAAUAUGCGUCGGUUCCGAAGGAUGAAGGCAUUGAGAAAUCUGUUUAUCGCACAGUUUCCAAAAAAGUCUCCAGUGAUCUGUCGUCACUGAGCAAGGAUAAAGACCAGUUUUAUAACGAUGUUUCGCAUGCCUCUGCACAUGGUGCUCCUAAUUCUAGUGCAUGUCAGCGAACGUCUGUCCCAACCAAGUACUACUCGGGAUCACAGGGUUCAUCUGAGGAAAGUGGAAGUGAUGAAGUUGUUUCUCCAUCCAAUAGUACAACUGCCUAUGUCAAGACAGCUACUCCUGGAGUAAAUUCAAUAAGCAGUACAGACUAUGAUGAUGAAGAUGGCGAUUCGCCCGUACAAUUCCGCUGCCCUGCUACCAAUUUUGAUACAGAUGAAGAAACUGACAAAUUACUCCAAAAACAAUAUCAAACUGACCAGCAUGUUGACAUUCCAGAGUUGAGUAAACCUCCAAUAAAUCUUGGUGCACAAGCUGAGAAAAGGCGAUCACGUGCUAAGGAGGUUUGCAUAAAUGAUCCGGACAAUCCUGCAGUAUUGAUAGAAGGUGUGUUAUUUCGAGCACGUUACCUUGGUUCUACACAAUUAAUAUCUGAAGGGCAACCAUCAAAACCAAUGAGAAUGAUACAAGCACAAGAAGCUGUUGGACGAAUUAAGGGUGGUGAUAAAGAGCUAUCUUCAGUGCCAGCUGAGAGUUAUGAGACUUUGGGCACUCUUCAUUUUGGUAAACGAUAUCAGGCUCCAGAGGGAGAAAACCAACCUAGUACUGAAGUAGAUUUGUUUGUGUCCACUGAAAAAAUCAUGGUUCUCAAUACAGAUCUCCAGGAAAUCAUGAUGGAUCAUUCCUUACGGACAAUAUCAUAUAUUGCUGACAUUGGCGACAUCCUGGUAAUCAUGGCUCGCCGGCGUCUCCUCUCCAGCCCGGGGGAUGAAUCUUUACGAAGAAAGAAACAGGCGAAGAUUCUUUGUCAUGUCUUUGAAUCUGACGAGGCUCAACUAAUUGCCCAGUCUAUUGGGCAGGCAUUCCAGGUUGCCUACAUGGAGUUUCUGAAAGCUAACGGUAUUGAUGACCCCGGUAUCAUCAAGGAGAUGGACUACCAGGAUGUGCUGAACCAGCAAGAAAUCAUGGGGGAAGAAUUAAACCUUUUCACCAAUAAGGAUUUCCACAGAGAGGUAAUUGUUCCCAAAUUAAAAGGGGAACCUAUUGGUAUUGUGAUAGUUGAGUCUGGCUGGGGUUCAAUGGUCCCCACUGUAGUUUUGGCAAAUAUGGCCCCAUCAGGUCCGGCAGCCAGAUGUGGCGGGCUCAAUAUUGGUGACCAAAUCAUAUCUAUAAAUGGAAUCAGUAUGGUUGGCCUACCAUUGUCCACAUGUCAAACUUAUAUUAAGGGUGCCAGACAACAGACUGUGGUCAAACUUACUGUUGUGCCUUGUCCUCCUGUGGUAGAAGUUCUUAUCAAACGACCAGAUGUGAAAUAUCAGCUUGGCUUCAGUGUACAAAAUGGUGUGAUUUGCAGCCUCCUGCGUGGUGGAAUUGCGGAGCGAGGUGGUGUUCGUGUGGGUCACAGAAUAAUUGAGAUCAAUAAUCAAAGUGUUGUUGCUGUACAACAUGAGAAAAUUGUUGCAUUGUUGGCCAAUUCUGUUGGGGAAAUUCACAUGAAAACAAUGCCAACAUCAAUCUUUAGGUUACUGACUGGUCAAGAAACUCCUCAUUAUUUGUGAAAAUAGUUUUUGGUCCCCAUUUUUAACCAGCAGCAGGCUAUUUGUCAGUUUCUCUUAUUCUGACUUCUGCUGCUGCUGGUGAUGGUUGUCCUUGUUGGUGCUUAAUGGCAGCUUGGAAAGCAAGUCUCUUCUCUUCAUCAUAGCGAUAUCCAGGAUGGGACUGACACACACACACAAAAAGCAGCAACAGCAGUAGUGAUGAAGCUACUUUGUGAUACAUCAGCAUGUAGAAACUAUGGCCAGUAUUAUGGGUUAUCUAUGGUCUGUCCAGAUAUUGAUGAAAAGGCUCUCCCAGUCCCUUAGCUUGCUCACUCACUUAUCAGCUGACAUCUGACUGCUACACGCCAACUUUUAGUCAGUCUUUGAAGGACUAUAUAUUUAUUCACUUGCUCCAAAGUACCUGAUUUCUAGUCGUGGUAUACACUGGUGAAAAUCUGCUUUAUUAUAUAUAGUAGUCACUUCCCCCUCCCCUCCAAGAUCUCUUAAAUCCUUAGGUAAAUAUUUAGAAAGCUUUUUAACUUAAAAUUCUGAAAUUCAUUUGAAAAAAAUUUUUGAAUAACUGAAUAAUAAAUCUAAAAUUGAACUUUAAAAAAAAAACACUGCUAAGCCCAUAAAGUAAAUUGUUGCUUUUAAGUUGUUGAAUGAACUUUUUAUGACGUGUUUUGUAUAUUUUUGUUUGAUUACAAAAUAUUCUCUGUAUGUAAUUAUAGGAAUUUUGAGUGCAUGUUUAUGCACACAUGCACACAAGAUGUAUUUUGCAUGUGUGCAUAUUACAUUCAUCUCCCAUAUUCCUAUCAGUUCUUAUCUAAAUUUAAUUUAUCGUGGUUAAUUCUUUUAUACCCUCUAUUUUAACCAUAGAAUGAGUGUGUAGCAGUUAAUGAAUACUCAUGGGCUAUAAAUGACAGCCCUAAAUUUUAUAUCUCACACUAGAAUGGCUCAACAAACAGUAGUAUGUAAACUGCUGAUUGGAUACAGGUUGGACAUAUUCUUCAUACCACUGCUAUCUUGCCUGAAAUACUUUCCGUUCAGUUGAAAAUGUUCUUUUAUUUUCUGAAAUUUCAGAAAUUGACUGGAUGAUUAUCAUCAUACUUAGAACCUCUGUUUGUAAUAAUCUUGGUUUGCUAACCACUAAAAUCCAUUUUGUGUCUGUGUGCAUGUAUGAAUGUAUGUGUGUGGGUAUGUGUGUGUAUAUGUAUGCACUUGGGUGAUUAAAAUAUUCUUUUGUGCAAUCCUCCCCCCCUCCCACUUAUACAGUGCUGUUGAGUAUCUUUGUUUCUAUUAACUGUUUUUUCCACAAACAUUAUCUGUGGAGGAAAAAAAAAAGACAACAGAUAUAACUGUUAUUGUCUUUAUUUGUUUAAAUUUAUAAAUCACCUUAAUUUUAAUAUUCACCUUUUUUUUUUUUAAGUAAUUGAAAUAACAUAGAACCUGAAAUAUCUUUUUAAUCGUUAAGAGACAUUAAUGAAAAUAUAAAAAACAAAAAAAAAAACACAUGAAGAUAACUUCAGCAGUGCAAAGCAAACCAACCAACAAGCAAGCUGCAAGGAAUGAAAAUACUUUUCAUUUUGUUAAAAUCAUUUCAUCUGAAGUACUUUAUUCAUUUUUGAGUCUCACACACACUCACAUGUACGCACACACACUCACUCACAAAAAGCAUGCAGAUACACACAAUCACACACAUACACUUGAAUAAUUUAUGGGAAGUAUAGUAAACUUAACUGUAAAAAUCCACAAAUUGAUCCCUAUAAUAAUACCUAUUAAAAAUUCAAGUAAACUUUCAGAACAUUCCUAAAAGCAUUUUAGUGUUACAAAAUAUUCAUAACUAAUUUAAUCUUUCAUAUAUUUUGGGCUGUUUGGGUUUAGUUAAGCUAUGGUUGUGUAUAUUCAUCUUGAAGAACUACCUGCUACCUUAUCAUUGGGUUCAUCCAUACAUUUUUUUUAUCCAAUCUAUCAUACAUUUUUAUUAGUUUUUUUUUCAAUUUCACUCAUAUGUGUAUAUAUGUAUAUGUUUGCGUGUAUAUAUAUAUAUAUAUGUGUGUGUGUAUGUAUCUCAGUGUGUGUGUGUGUGUGUAUGUAUGUGUAUAUAAAUAUAUAUAUAUAUAUACAUAUAUAUAUACACACACACACACACAUACAUAUAUAUACAUAUAUGUGUGUGUGUGUAUAUAAUUUUUGUAAUUAAUCUUUUUUUUUUUUCCAUCAUUCCAUUAUGGUGAUAUCCAUUGCUUUAAACUCUUUUUAAUCAUUUCUUUAUCAUAGUGGGUGUAACAUAUAUAUAUUUUCUUCAUAAGUUUUGUUCUCAGUCACUUUCAUUACUACUAGUAUUUGUUAUAUUCACCACUGCCAGCAUGUAUACAUUUAUUUUAUUAUUAUUUUUUUUUUUUCAUUUUGGUUUUUAAUGUUCUUUAAUUAAAUCCUUCUGUAAAUCCUUCCCUCUUGCAAAAUUAAAACCAAAUUAUAAUAUUAAUAAUGAUAAUAAUAAUUAACAAUCCCACUGAGUUGCCUGUUAAUAAUUUAACCAGCAUACCAAAAUGUGGGAUAUUUCUAGUGUGUGACCUCUAAGAGGUAUUUUCAGUAAACUAUGAUAAUUCCUUGAUUUUAGUGGCAGUAAAAAGCAGUUGGGCAUUUCUGAUAUUUUAUAUCAAACUAUGAGAGCAAAAAAAAAAAAAACUUAAAUAUAAAUAAAACUGGGUGGGUAUAUUAAUUCAAGUAUGAGGAAGUAAUCAUCUAGACAAGAUUUUCAUUUUUUAAAAAAUUUCAUCUCAAAUUUUUUUUUUUUUUUCUAAAGUUCAGAAAUGUUGAUAUAUUUAAAUGUUUAUUAUUGUUCAUUUGAUAUGAAUCAACUAAUGCAGUGAUAGUUGUUAUUGCAUCAUUAGUUUGCAGUUAGCUGAUUUAAUUUUGCCAUCUCACUAUUUUGACGGAUUAUUCCUAUACUUAAUAUUUUCAUUUUCAUCUACUUUGGUUUGAUCAAUAUUCUAAUACUGUAAAUUAUAUCAUAUAUAAAUAGUGUUAAAAAAACAAAAUGAAACGAAAAAAACAAAACAAAGUAUUAUUUCAUUCUAUUUUAUUUUUAUCUAUAUUUGAUUUUCUGAACUGGUUGACAUUGUAUUUAUUAUUAUUAAUAUUUAAUAUUUAUUUUCUGUACAGAUCUAUACUUUAUUGCAUUGGCCAAUGUAGUAGACUUAUUGGUAGUAUUUUUUUUUUCUUACUGGUCAGUGUUUUUUCAGUGGUCAGUGAUCUUUGUUUUCUCUACAGGGCGAUGUUUUCUGUUGGUGCUCAUUGAUGUUAUUGGCCAAUGUAUUAUAGUGAUUAUUAUUGUUGUCUGUACUGGUCAAUGUUUUGUUGGUGCUCAUUGAGGUUAAUGGUCAAUGUAUUCUUUAUGGUCAUUGAUCUUUGAUUUUGUACUAGCCAAUGUUUUGUUGGUGCUCAUUGAUUUAUUGACCAAUCUGUUUUAAUGUCCAUUGACCAUUCUUUCUUAAUAUGUUAGUACCUUGUUAGCAGAUAUUCCUGUUUUGUGUACUAAUUGUGUGUAUGUAAAUACUUAUGUUUUUAAUUUUCAACUUUUUCUUUUUGUCAAACUGGACAGUAUCUUGUUAGUAGUCAGUAACAUAGUAGUCCAAGUCACAGAAGUGGUCAUUGAUUUUGGUUUUCUUUCUACUGUUAGUUAGCAGCUAUUGAUCUUCCAUAUUGGUCUCUCCUAUUGGUAAUAUUUAGUAUUAGGCAAUAUUUUCUUGAUGUGUUAGUAAAUGUCUUGCUGCUAUUUAUUGAUCUUCAGCAAAUAACUAAAAUUUUAGUUUUUUUUUAAUUAAAAAAGAAUGACCUUGCAAGUUUGGAGAAAAAAAAGCCAAGUCUUUGAUAUUUUGAUUUUUAAUUUAUUUUUAUUAUUAUUUUGUAAUGCUUAAAAUUAGUCUGUUCCUCAUUUAUUAACUCAAAAGUAACUGGUUUUUGUGAAGAUACUGGAAUAUUGGUUAUCAUUGUCCUAACAGCUUGUAGGUUAAUUUUUGCAUUACAUAUAUAAAUUGUGUGUGUAUGUAUGUAUGUAUGUAUGUAUGUGUGUGUAUUCACAAACUCUCAUGUAUAUCAAUACAAUAUUUUCUUUGCAAUAUAUAAUGUACUGGUAGGUGGUAUAUAUAUACAUAUAUAUAUUUUUAUCAAACACUCACUUGCUAAUAUUUAUAUAUUUUAUCAAUAUCAUUCGUCUGGAAGCCAUUCAACAAGCCAAAUGUUUAAAAAAAAAAUCACAUUAAAUAAUGUUUAGUUACUUAAUAGGGAAUUGUUAACAUUAUUAUUAUUAUUAUUAUUAUUAUUAUUUACUUGAGAUAAAUUCUCUCUUGUGUGUAAAGCUUCCAAAAAAAAAAGUUGUAUAUUGUGAGAAAUAAUUCUACCAACACAAGCCUUAAUGGUUGAUGUAAAUUGACAACUGUUUUUCUUUUUUAAAAAUACAUUUAUCUAUGAUUUCUUUAAGUAUUAUUAACCAAAUAACAAUCAAAAUGUUUAGCUCUGUACUUCAAUGAUAUAACAGACAAGAAACUGUGUAAUAUUAGACCAGUAUUGCCCAACAACUAAUAGCAAUUGAUGCAAAUUAAGAAAGUAUCUGCAAGCAGUGAACUAUAGCAACAUUUGUCUAUACUGCAUUGGUUUUCUUGUUUUAGCUGUCCAAAUGUCCAUUUUGUGCUUAGUUUAGCAAAAACUAUUUAUAUAUCAAAAUACUCAUUUUGACAAAGAGGAGAAAUUUCUUUCUUUCUUUUUUCUUUUUUUUUUUAACUUCAUUUUUCAUUCAUUUGUAUUUUCUUACUCAGUUAGAAGUCUAGAUUUAUCAGUUGUUUUCACCUGAAAUAUUAGUUUAGCUCAUCAUUCUCAAUGCUGGGAAAUCACAAACCAUUACAAUGUACUAAUUGAGAAAAAAAUUCAGAUAUGUUUCAUUACUUGAUUACAAUCACUCUGGUCUGUCUUCACUUUAGGCAUUUUCAAACUGGUACUAAAUUGAACUUUGCCUCCAAUUGGUCACUAAUAUACUUCACUAUGUUUUGGUUAGAUCCCAUAGAUAUGCUAUAACAGUAUUGACCAUUUUAUUCUAUUUUUUUUUAGUAAUUCUUUGAAACAUUUUCUGGAACUUUUCAGAGACCUUUUAUUUAUUAUAUGUGUCAUUGUAUUUUAACUGAUAAUUUUCUGCACCAGAGAUGUUCAGUUUGUGUCCAGUGACAGUUUAUCUUUGUCCCGUUUAAUGUGAAAGAAUAUAUCAGUAAAAUUCAAUAUUUCACCUAUAAUUUAAAUUUUGAUUUAAAAUUUAUGCAUUGGUACAUAUAUAUAAAUAUAUAUA